AUGGAAGGGCAAAACGAGCGCACCUUUAUUGCCAUCAAGCCAGAUGGUGUGCAGAGAGGCAUCAUUGGGCAGAUCAUUACAAGAUUUGAGCAGAAAGGUUUCAAACUUGUUGCCAUGAAAAUGCUCCAACCAUCGGAGGAUCUGCUGAUCCAGCACUAUAUCGACCUAAAAGGCCGUCCAUUUUUUCCAGCCCUCGUCAAUUACAUGAAGAGCGGCCCAGUCGUUGCCAUGGUGUGGGAAGGUAAGGGGGUUGUCAAGACUGGCAGGGUGAUGCUCGGUGAAACCAACCCUGCAGACUCCAAACCUGGAACAAUUAGAGGAGACUUCUGCAUUGACGUCAGCAAAAACAUCAUCCACGGAAGUGACUCAAUUGAGAGCGCUACAAAGGAGAUUUCCCUGUGGUUCAAAGAUGAUGAGCUGACCACCUACACAAGCUGUGCAGUCAGCUGGAUCUACUAA